AUGGAAGAUUUACGGAGCGACGAAGACCUGUCCGAAGACCUCCAGAUGAUGGUCGACGCUCCCGGUCAUCGUUUCCAGGUUGCCGCUGCACCUCUUUACUUGUCUUACUACGCCUAUACGGCUCUUCUAUUUCGGGCUCUGAUGAGCCCUGCCACGGCCGAGGCAAGAAAUGAUCCUUCGUCGAACCUGUGCCGCUGGUUUGGGACCGCCGUUGCCGUGUUCCAGGCCUUCACAAGGUUCAUGGAUGAGGUAACGUCAGAAGACCUGCAGGGCUUCUGGGGCCGCCAUGCACGGUCUCAGCUGAUCCUCUGCGGGAACUUUAUCAUCUACCUCUUUCUGCAGCAGCCCCGGUCUUCAGACAUCCAGUCCGCUUAG